AUGUCUGCUCAACAGGUCAUCGUUAGUGACACAGAACCCAAGGACUUCUCCGGGGGCCUGAUAACGGUGCUUGUCGGGACUGGCCAAGAGCCGUUGACCGUGCAUGAAAGGUUGAUCCGCAACUCCUCUACCUUCUUUGAAAAUGUCUUGACGAAGCCAAGCAAAGAAUUAUCAAGGCGGCGAGUGUCUUUGGGGAAGGAGGACCCCGAUAUCUUCAAAGCGUAUAUCCACUGGCUCUACCGUAAUACCAUUUCAGUCCCGGACCGGGAGUUGAGUGGUCAUUUCGACGAUGGAUACCUUUUUCUUGUAAAGACCUAUGUGCUCGGCAACAGAUUACUGGACGUCAAUUUUCAGAACGCGAUUAUUGAUGCUAUUUGGGAGAGAUAUAUGAGCAGAGAUCCAGAAGAUGGAAUGAGUUUUGGUCCUGGCGCCUCUCCGACGACAUACGCAUACAAAAAUACCAGUGAGCGGUCACCACUACGUCGCCUACUUGUGGAUAUCUGUGUCCAUGACCAAUGCUGUGAAUGGAUCGACGACAAGACGGAAAGCUACACAAAAGCCUUCCUCCACGAUGUCGCUACUGGUCUUGCGUACCAGAGGAAUCAUGGCCCUCCUGAAGACCUCACGUUGGCGAAUUAUUACGCCAACUGA